UAUGCAGAUCAUAGACAAGGAUAUAAACCCAUAUGUUGACGAAUGGGAAAAAGCGAAAAUAUUCCCUGCAAAGAAAGUCUUUAAAAAAUUGGGCGAUGCUGGUCUGUUAGGAGUGACAAAGUCCCCUGAAUAUGGAGGCCUUGGACUUGAUUUUUCUUUUGCUGCAGCAGUAGCGGAAGAACUUGGAAAUAUCAACUGUGGUGCAAUUCCAAUGGCGAUUGGAGUUCAGAGCGAUAUGGCAACGCCAGCUCUAAAUACAUUCGGAAGCGACUACUUAAAGAGAAAUUUCCUUGCACCUAGUAUAGCAGGUGAUAUGGUAGCAUGUCUAGGUGUUAGCGAACCAACAGCUGGAUCGGACGUCGCUGCUAUAAAAACAAGGGCGGAAAGAAAAGGAGACGAUUUUAUUAUUAAUGGGUCUAAAAUGUGGAUUACCAAUGCAUUCCAAGCAGAUUGGAUCUGUUUAUUAGCAAACACAGGAAGUAGCUCAAAGUUGCAUCAAAACAAAAGUUUAAUCGUUGUUCCUAUGGAUACCCCUGGAAUUGAACUUAUUCAAAAAAUUGACAAAAUUGGUAUGCAUUCAUCCGACACUGCUCAAAUAAACUUCGAAAAUGUCCGAGUUCCAGCCAGUCACGUAAUAGGCGAAGAAGGUAGUGGCUUUAUGUAUCAGAUGGUACAAUUCCAACAAGAAAGACUAUACGGAGCACUCGCCUGUUUACGUCCGUUAGAAAAGACUAUUGAAGAAACUCGAGAGUAUUGUCGCAUGAGGAAAAUCUUUGGCAAAAGUCUUCUCGACAUGCAAACUGUUCACUUUCGAUUAGCCGAAUUGGAAACAGAGAUUGAAGCCCUACGAGCUCUUUGCUAUACAGCUACCGAGAAAUACUUAUAUAAUGAAGAUGUUACAAAAUUAGCGUCCAUGUGUAAGUUAAAAGCUGGUCGUUUGGCCAGAGAAUGCACCGAUUCUUGCCUACAAUACUGGGGUGGAAUGGGCUAUACAAGUGACGUUCUUAUUAGCCGGUUCUACAGAGAUUUUAGACUUAUCUCUAUUGGAGGUGGAGCUGACGAGGUAAUGCUUUCGAUUAUAUGCAAAUACAAUAAUAGUUUACCAAAAUAA